UAGUUAGCCUGCAUCGAGAGAACAAGUCAUUUCGCUAUUCCGAAAGGCGGAGUUGGUCACGAAACUCGAUUCGGAUGAAUUAGCAAAGAGCCUCGCCGGAGUAACCGAUCCCCUUUCUUCCAUCUCUCGCCGGAAUCGAUUCCGUUUAUGAGCGGUGGCGCGCCGUUGAUUUCACUGCAAAACCAAACCGAUGGAAUCACCGGGUACUGCUCUGAGGGACACGUCGGUGAUCGUGGUGACGCUGGACACCGACGAAGUCUACAUCGUGGCGAGCCUCUCCACUAGAACGGACACUCAGGUAAUCCACGUCGAUCCAACCACCGGCGCUCUCCGCUACGGCGCCAGGCUAGGGUUCGAUCUGUUCAGGUCGCAGAACGAGGCCUUGGACUCCGUCACCAACGGAUCGCGGUUCGCGUUCAAGAGCAGGACGCUCGCGAGGGCGAUACUAGGCUACGCCGCGCUGGGGAACGUGGCGCUGCUGCUCGUGGCCACGCGGCUGGUCGCCAGCGUUCCCAAUUUGCCCGGCGGAGGGUGCGUGUACACGGUGGCGGAGAGCCAGUGGAUCAGGAUUCCGCUGCAGAACGCGGUGGCGCAGGGGAAGGGAGAGGCGAAGAACGUGUUGGAGUUGACGGAGCUUGAUAUUGACGGGAAGCAUUACUUCUGCGAGACGAGGGACGUUACGCGCCCUUUCCCGAGCCGAAUGCCGGUGCACCAGCCGGAUCCGGAGUUUGUUUGGAACGGGUGGUUUUCCACGCCGUUUGUUGAUAUUGGACUGCCGCGGCAUUGUGUCACGCUCCUGCAGGGGUUUGCAGAAUGUCGAAGUUUUGGAAGCUCGGGUCAACUAGAAGGUAUUGUUGCUCUCACAGCUCGUCGGAGCAGGCUACACCCGGGUACUCGCUACUUGGCAAGGGGGCUAAAUUCUUGUUUCAGUACAGGAAAUGAAGUGGAGUGUGAGCAACUCGUGUGGGUUCCCAAACGAGCUGGUCAAAGUGUACCUUUCAACACAUAUGUGUGGCGAAGAGGUACUAUUCCUAUCUGGUGGGGUGCAGAACUGAAAAUCACUGCUGCGGAAGCUGAAAUUUAUGUUUCAGAUUGUGAUCCAUAUAAAGGAAGUGCACAGUAUUAUGAAAGACUGAGUAAGAGAUAUGAUUCUCGGAAUCUAGAUAUACGUGCUGGUGAGAAUUCAAACCGAAAACCUUUGGUUCCCAUUGUAUGCAUUAACUUGCUUCGAAAUGGAGAAGGGAAGUCAGAGUCCAUUUUGGUUCAACAUUUUGAGGAGUCUAUAAACUUUAUUAGAUCAACUGGGAAGAUUCCAUAUACUCGGGUCCAUUUGAUAAAUUAUGACUGGCAUGCCAGUACAAAAUUAAAAGGUGAACAGAUGACAAUUGAAGGGUUAUGGAAACUUCUAAAAUCACCCACUGUAUCCAUAGGUAUAUCUGAAGGAGAUUAUUUGCCUUCACGACAACGAAUAAAUGAUUGCAGAGGUGAAGUUAUCUACAAUGAUGAUUUUGAAGGUGCAUUCUGCUUAAGAACACAUCAAAAUGGGAUAAUACGUUUUAACUGUGCUGAUUCUCUGGAUAGGACCAAUGCUGCUAGUUUUUUUGGUAGCCUCCAGGUAUUCACGGAGCAAUGUAGACGGCUGGGGAUAUCACUUGAUAGUGAUCUGGCAUUUGGUUAUCAGUCAGUGAAUAAUAAUUAUGGUGGAUAUAUUGCUCCACUGCCACCUGGGUGGGAAAAGCGAUCUGAUGCUGUAACGGGAAAAACAUAUUAUAUUGAUCAUAAUACCAGAACCACCACAUGGAUGCAUCCAUGUCCUGAUAAACCAUGGAAGAGAUUUGAUAUGACAUUUGAGGAGUUCAAGAGAUCAACAAUUUUGUCCCCUGUAUCUCAACUGUCUGACCUUUUUCUACUUGCUGGGGAUAUUCAUGCUACUCUUUACACUGGGUCCAAAGCAAUGCACAGCCAAAUACUUAGCAUAUUCAAUGAAGAUACUGGAAAGUUUAAACAGUUUUCUGCUGCACAACAGAAUGUGAGAAUCACUUUGCAAAGAAGAUAUAAGAAUGCAGUUGUGGAUAGCUCUCGUCAAAAGCAGUUAGAAAUGUUUCUUGGAAUGAGGCUUUUCAAGCAUCUUCCAUCAAUUUCCCUUCAACCUCUACAUGUACUGUCUCGGCCAAAAGGUUUUGUUCUUAAACCAAUUGCAAAUUUAUUUCCUAUUUCUGGUGGUGAAGCGAGUCUUCUGAGUUACAAAAGAAAAGGCCUAGUCUGGAUUUGUCCACAGCCUGCAGAUGUAGUUGAAAUCUUUAUUUAUCUUGGUGAACCCUGCCAUGUUUGCCAGCUUCUUCUCACAAUAUCCCAUGGUGCAGAUGAUUCAACUUAUCCAUCAACAGUUGAUGUACGGACAGGACGCCAUUUAGAUGGGCUUAAACUGGUCUUAGAGGGUGCUUCUAUACCACAGUGUGCGAAUGGGACCAACCUAUUAAUACCAUUACCUGGGGCAAUUAGUGCAGAAGACAUGGCUAUAACUGGAGCAAAUUCUCGUCGACAUUCCCAAGAUGCAUCACCCUUCUCAUUACUGUAUGAUUUUGAGGAACUUGAGGGAGAGUGGGAUUUCCUUACACGUGUUGUUGCGCUAACCUUUUAUCCAACCGUUUCCGGAAGAAAACCAUUGACUCUUGGAGAGAUUGAAAUCCUUGGAGUCUCUCUUCCUUGGAGUGACGUAUAUACUAAUGAGGGCCCUGGUACAAGAUUAGUUGAGAAUGUCAAGAAGUUUCAAGAGGAGCCUAAUCCCUUUUUAUCUGGUUCAGAUAUGAAUCCAUUUAAUCCUUCAUCCACAGAAAAAGUGUCACCACCCAAGCAAGGCGGCACUUCUGCCGACCUUUUGAUGGACCUGUUGUCUGGGGAUGGCCCACUUGCACAUCCACUUGCACAGCCAGUUACUGAAAAUGUUGCCUACCAGGAAAGUGACCCACUUGAUUUCUUGGACCUAAGUGUUGAAAAUCAUAGUGAUGGUAAAGUAUCAUCAGAAGAUGCCAGACAUUCAGAUGGUACUGCUGAACAAUAUUUAAAGUGCCUUAAAACUGUUGCAGGGCCAAGUCUGCAAAGAAAAAUUAACUUCAUUGAAGCCAUGGAACUUGAGAUUGAACGCCUUAAGUUGAAUCUUUCUGCUGCUGAAAGGGAUAGAGCCCUGCUAUCUGUUGGAAUGGAUCCUGCAACCAUAAAUCCUAAUAUGCUGCUUGAUGAUGGUUACAUGGGAAGAUUAUCUAAAGUUGCAAGCAACCUUGCCCUGCUUGGAGAAGCUUCUCUUGAAGAUAAACAUCUGGCUGCUAUUGGUCUUGGGUUUGUUGAUGAUAAUCCAAUAGAUUUCUGGAACAUUAUAAGAAUUGGGGAAACCUGUUAUGGUGACAAGUGUGAGGUGCGUGCUGAAAUUAAAAAGGCAGUUCAUUCAUCUAACACAAUGUCAUCUGCCGGUACUACAGAAACUGUAUUCUUGUGUUCUCAAUGUGAAAGGAAGGUUUGCAGAGUUUGCUGUGCUGGGAGGGGGGCAUUUCUGCUUGUAGGACAUAACUCAAGAGAGGUCAUGAGUUACAAUGGUGCAUCAAGCCAAAGUGGUCUAGUUGACUCACCUGUAAAUCGUUUAUUAGCUCGGGAUGGUAUAAUUUGUAAAAGGUGUUGCCAGGAUGUUGUGCUUCACGCAUUGAUUUUGGACUAUGUGAGGGUUCUGAUUAGCUUACGAAGAACAGAACGCGUGGAAAAGGCUGCUUGCACUGCUUUGAAACAAAUCAUUGGAUCAUCUUGGGAUUGUCUUCUGGAAAAGAAUCGGGCCUGUGAUAGCAAGUCUGCUGGCAAAGAAGUACAGUUGUUACUAAACGGAUAUGAAUCCUUGGCUGAAUUUCCUUUUGGCAGCUUCUUACACCCGGUAGAAACAGCAUCAGAUUCUGCUCCAUUUUUGUCAUUGCUUGCUCCAUUAAAUUCUGGUUUGCGGCUAUCAUUUUGGAAAGCUCCAUCCAGUGCCUCCUCUGUUGAAUUUGGAAUCGUCCUUGGUAGUAUUUCUGAUGUUAGUGGGGUUAUAUUGAUUGUCAGCCCAUGUGGCUACUCUAUGGCUGAUGCUCCAAUUGUGCAAAUUUGGGCAAGUAACAAAAUACACAAGGAAGAAAGAUCAUUAAUGGGAAAAUGGGAUCUGCAAUCUAUGAUUAAAGCCUCCUCAGAAUUAUAUGGACCCGAAAAGUCAGGAACCGAGCAUAAGGUGCCUAGGCAUGUGAAGUUUCCCUUCAAGAAUUCUGUUCGGUGCCGCAUAAUUUGGAUAAGUUUGCGCCUUCAGCGACCUGGUUCAAGUUCUAUAAAUAUUGGAAAUGACUUCAAUCUGUUGUCUCUAGAUGAGAACCCUUUUUCACAAGAAACUCGACGGGCAUCGUUUGGAGGAUCUGCUGAGAGCGAACCCUGUCUUCAUGCCAAGAGGAUUUUAGUGGUGGGAAGCUCCAUUAGGAAGGAAGUUGAUCUUAAGCCACAACAAAGCCCUGACCACUUGACUCUGAUAGGGUGGUUGGAUAGAGCUCCACAGCAAAAUAGGUUCAAGGUUCCAAUUGAGGCUGAAAGAUUGAUGGACAAUGAUAUUGUCCUGGAGCAGUAUCUGUCUCCUACGUCUCCCUUGCUUGCCGGAUUUCGUCUAGAUGCCUUUAGUGCAAUCAAGCCUCGGGUUACCCAUUCACCUUUUUCAGAUGCACAUAACAAGAAUUUUCCAUCCCUUGUGGAUGACAGAUACAUCACUCCAGCUGUAUUGUAUAUUCAAGUAUCUGUUCUACAGGAAAACCAUAGCCUGGUCACCAUUGGUGAGUACCGAUUACCAGAGGCCAGAGCUGGAACACCGUUGUACUUUGAUUUCUCUAGGCAGAUACAAACUCGAAGAAUUUCCUUCAAAUUACUUGGAGAUGUUGCAGCUUUUACGGAUGACCCAUCAGAACAAGAUGAUUCUGGCACUAGAAUUUCUCCAUUGGCAGUAGGGCUAUCUUUGUCUAAUCGAAUUAAGCUGUAUUACUAUGCUGAUCCAUAUGAACUUGGGAAAUGGGCUAGCCUGGGAACAGUUUAAGUACACGCUAUCCCUUUGGUUAUUACAUUGAUUGAUUGUGUAAACUUUUUCACAUUUUGUUGUAUUAUGGUAUGUAAAGUUCAUUCAUUGAUGUAAUAGUAUUAUAGGAUUAUUCUAUUAGGAACACUACUAAUGUUAUUUCUGGACGUUUGAUCGAGGUUGGAGGUUCAAUUUUAGUAGUUAUUUAGUUUGCCAAAAGGGUGAAUUUCAUUUUUGACUCAUUUAUCUUCAA